AUGUCAGACAAGCCGAAGCGCAUCUUGCACGUCGUCACCAACACCGGGCACUACGACGACCCUUCCCACCAAACAGGUCUAUGGUUAACCGAGCUCACGCACGCCUGGGACAUCUUCGAGUCCCACGGAUAUGAACAGAGCAUCACCAGCCCAGCGGGCGGCCGUUCUCCCCUAGAGCCGCGGUCGCUGAAAUUCCCCAACACCGACAAGAGCGCAAGAGCGUGGCAGGCCGAUCCGGUGCGGAUGGGGCUUCUAGAGAAUACCGUCAGCCCCGAGCAGGUUAACUCGGCCGACUUCGACGCAAUAUACUUCACUGGUGGACAUGGCGUGAUGUAUGAUUUCCCUGACAGUGAGGGUCUGCAGCGCAUCACGCGGGAGAUCUUUGAACGGGGUGGUAUUGUUGCCUCGGUCUGUCAUGGCUACUGUGGCUUGCUGAAUACCAAGCUUUCUGAUGGUACUUAUUUGGUUGCUGGGCGCGAGAUGACCGGGUUCUCGUGGAAGGAGGAGGUGCUUGCCCGUGUAAAUAAGCUCGUGCCCUACAAUGCCGAGGAAGAGGUGAAGAAGCGCGGUCCCUGGUAUAAGAAGGCUACGCUGCCGUUUGUCUCCUAUGCUGUGGUCGACGGCAACCUGGUGACGGGGCAGAACCCAGGGUCGGCUAAGGAGACGGCGAAGAAGGUUGUUGCCGUCUUUGGCUGGUCAUGA